UCGAUCAAUCUAUUAACUUUACAUAGUAAUUUCCCUUGUUUAGCUGCACUUGUCGCCGGAUAUGAUGCUUCAUUUUAUAAUUUUCCAAUGUUUUUGUGGGGUGCUACUGUUGCAGCGGACCUUUUCGACCAAAAUGUUUAUCCAACUGUCACAAAUAUAAAUUCAAACACAAAAAUGUUUUUAAACCCCAAAAAUAAAAAUAAAUAUUUAAAAUAAAUUAAGGCUUGCAAUGGCUGUCCAAUCGGUUAUUUGGGAAUUUCAAUGGAAAGAAAUAUCCUUAAUUUAUAUUCAAGACGAUGCUAGAAGCUUGUGGCUAUUUUCAAAAAGAUUUUGAGGAUAUAAUUAAUCCUAGUUCAAAUAUAACAAUUGUUUUUAAAAUGGAAAUAUACCCAAAAAUGGAAAGUAUUAAAGAUGCAAUUAAGGAAUUAAAAAAUAGAUCGAGAAUUAUUCUUACUUGUUUUGACAAUAAUUUUGAUAGAAGAAAUUUUCUUUUAGCAGCAGCAGAUAUGGGUUUAGUUGAAAAUAAUGAUUAUAUUUUGAUUAUUCCACUACUUAGAAAUCAAGGAAUGCUACAAAUGGUUUCUAUUGGAAGAAAUGGAUCUAAAUAUGAUGGUUUUUGGAAAGAUACUAACUCAACAAAUGAUGGACGUGAUGCUGAUGCUUUAAAAGUUGCUAGACGUUCAAUUAUUAUUGACUUGGAGAAUAGAUCAAAUGCACAGAUUGAUUCAUUUAUGAGUAAAAUGUAUGCAGAAUUUGGUCAACCUCCAUUUAAUUGCAGUGAUUCUUGUAUGGGAGGGCCUGAGGAUCAAAAUCCUUCUUCUUUUUCUCGAAGUUUACAUGAUGCUACUUAUGCCUAUUUACGUGCUUUAAAUAAUACAAUGGAAAAAUUUGGUUAUGUGACAAAGGAAAUGGCAAGAAAUGGAACUUUAAUUACAAAUAUGAGCCGUGGGGAAUUUCAAGGAGAAACAGGAAAUGUUAUAUUUGAUCAACAAGGUAAUCGACAACCGAUAUUUUAUGUAACAAUGCUCGAUGCUUCUGAUCAACCACAAGUUGUUAUUGAAAUUAAUUUUGUUCCAAAUAAUACUAACUUAACAAAACGUUACACCGAUGAAUCAACAAUUUGGGUUAACAGCAAUGGGAAACGUCCAUUAUAUAAACCAAUUUGUGGAUAUACAGGAACAGAUUGCCCUCCAGAUAUGACUACUUAUAUUAUUAUUGCAAUUGGUUUGGUUGUAUUAAUUGUGUUUAGUUUUACUUUUGGAAUCGGUUAUGCUAUUAGGGAGAAAAAGAAAGAAAAGCGAAGAUUAACAAAAGAAUGUAUUAUUCCAUUUAUUGAAUUGAGAAAUUUAAAAGAAAUUAAAAAUAAUGAUGGAAGUAAUAUAGAAAUUAAUAAAAGUUUGAGAAGUAUUCAAAGCAAUAGUAAUUUAUCUACAAACACAAAAUUAACAGCAAAUAUUGAAAGUAAAAAAUUGGAAACGGAAAAUUAUUCCCAUUUUUUGUAUAAUAGAGAAGUUGUUUUUGGAAUUAAAUAUCAAGUUAGAGUUAGAAUAUUUAAUGUAGAUUUAACACAAUUAAGAAAGAUAAAACAAUUAGAUCAUGAUAAUUUAAAUAAAUUUUGUGGGGUUUGUACAGAUGCACCUAUUUUGUAUGGAAUUUGGAAAUAUUGUCAGAGAGGGAGUUUAAAGGAUUUAAUUGCCAAAGAGCAAUAUGUCGGUGAUUCUUUUGUGAUGUUUACUUUAAUGAGGGAUAUAGCUAGUGGAUUAAUAGCUUUACACGGGUCAUUUGUUGGAGCACAUGGAAUGCUUUCCUCGGAGAAUUGUUUAAUUAAUGAUCGUUGGCAAGUAAAGAUUAGCGAUUUUGGAUUGAAUAUGAUUAGAGAAAGUCAACCAAUGUCAAAAAGAAAAUUAUUGUGGACAGCACCAGAAUUAUUAAGAGAAAAUAAUCGAAAAGGAACAAAAGAAGGAGAUGUUUAUAGUUUUGCUAUAAUUUGUUGUGAAUUAGUUAAUAGAGAAACUGUUUGGAAUGGAGUUGAAAGAGAAGAUGAUGUUGAUGAUAUUCUACAUCGUCUAAAGCAAAUAAAUACAUCAAUCCCACCAAGGCCCUUAUUACGUAACAAUGAAAAUAUCAAUCAAAAUUUGUUACAUUUAAUAAGGGAUUGUUGGAAUGAAAGGAAUAUUGAAAGGCCAAAAAUGAUUCAAGUUCGUUCAAUGUUAAAACAAAUGGUUAGAGAUGGAAAUCAAAAUUUAAUGGAUUAUGUUUUUGGAAUGUUAGAGCAAUAUGCAAGUUCUUUAGAACAAGAAGUUGAAGAAAGAACUAGAGAAUUAGUUGAAGAAAAAAGAAAAAGUGAUAUUCUUUUAUAUAGAAUGCUUCCAAAACAAGUUGCAGAAAAAUUAAAAUUGGGGGAAUUUGUUGAACCAGAACAAUUUAGUGCAGCAACAAUAUUCUUUUCUGAUGUUGUUUCAUUUACAACAUUAGCUAGUAAAUGUUCUCCUUUACAGGUUGUAAAUUUGUUAAACAUGCUUUAUACAACAUUUGAUGGAAUAAUUGACACCCAUGAUGUUUAUAAAGUUGAAACAAUUGGAGAUGGUUAUUUAGUUUGUUCUGGAAUUCCUCGUCGAAAUGGAAAUGAUCAUGCAAAGGCAAUUGCUGAAUUAUCUUUUGCUUUUCUUCGAUCUGUUUCGAAUUUUAAAGUUGACCAUUUGCCAAAUGAACGUGUUAAUUUACGUAUUGGAAUACAUACUGGACCAGCAGUAGCUGGAGUUGUUGGAUUGACAAUGCCUCGUUAUUGUUUAUUUGGAGACACUGUAAAUACUGCUAGUAGAAUGGAAUCUAACGGAAGACCUAGUAAAAUUCAUAUUUCUUCCGAAACAAAUAAAUAUUUAACAAAUAUAAUUGGUGGCUAUCUAACUGAGCCUAGAGGCGAAAUAAUUAUUAAAGGAAAGGGUGUUAUGGAAACAUUUUGGCUCAUUGGACAUUCUAAUGACCUUGACAUUAACAAUAAUAAUUCAUUUACGUGGAAUGAACUUCCUACUAUUAAUGAAGAUUUAUUAAAUAAUGAAGAAGAAUAA